AACGUGCUGAAGGAGCUGGACGAGUCCGUGAACGUGUUGUCUGUGAGUGGAGCAUGGAGGACAUGGUGGACGACUUUUAUCACCGCGAGGUGGACCUCGACGAGCUGGAGCAGUUUGUUCGUCAUAUGAGAGGGGAGGAGCCAGCUUUCAUCUACCACCAGAUUCCACCGCCGCAGAUUGCACCACCUCCGCGGCCAGCCGCCGCCCGGGACAACCACCAGGCUGAAGGAGAGGUUGACUCUGACGAGGAGCAGCUGGCCGUCCGCGUCCAGAGGAACAUCCGUCAGAUGGUGCGCGACCUGAGGAAGAGGAGGAGGAGAGAGGACCGGGAGAGGCGGAGAGAGCAGAGGAGCAGGCGGAGAGAGCAGGAGCGAGUCGCCCGGGAGAGCCGGCGAGUCGACUCUCUGGUGGACAGAGUGGCAGCGGACGGCCGGCUGACUCGGCUGAGACACAACGCGCCUCUGCUGAGACAAGUCCGGCUCCGAGAGACGUUCAAGAACGCCCACAAAAUCAAGAGUCGGAGGCAGCAGCAGUAGCACCCGACCAUCUCCAUCGACGAGAUCACCAGCCCACGACGAGGGCCCCCUCUGGGACUGGUGGUGGCAUACUGUGCACGGUGAUAGUGUUCGUUUUCGGGCGCUGGUUCCACAGCCCUAUA